AUGGCGAACCGUCAGCCGAGACCGAAAAGGCGAAACGACCCGGCAAAAAGUGUCAUUCAGUCGUAUCGAGACUCGUGCACGAGUACCCGCUACGGCAAAUUAUCCACGAAUUAUCGCUACGACGAUGACGAAAUGUACACGUACAUCGAGAUCACCGAACGUCUGAUAAUCACCGGUCACGCGGCAGAUCGUUGUACGAUCCACGAUCCGGUCGGCUCCGGUGACAAAAACUUGACUCUGCCAAUGCGCAGGAGCCUGUUCGCACAUGUGCCGCCGUUCAUCAUCUUUCGGGACAACGGAACGUUCGAGCUACCAACGGAGAUCACCAAACACCUGCUCUGGUGGCAGGCAAAAACCUCGACGCCGCGAAUCGUCACUUCGAUGGUUCGAAAGUCGGGAUUCAGGACCACCAGCAGGUCGACGGCGAACUGGUGCGGGACUUGGUGCAGCUUCUCCGCGUACACGAAGCUGAGACGCACGAGAAACUUCUCGAAGGUGAACCAUUUCCCGAGCAGCGUCGAACUAGGCGACAAGAUCUCGCUGUGGAGGAAUUUCCGGAGGAUGAGAAGGAAAUUCGGUAGGAAACACUUUGAUUUCAUGCCGCUGACGUUCAUCCUGCCGGAGGACAGAUGCAGUUUGAAGAGGUUCAUGCAGAGGAACGGUGGAUUUUGGAUCGUCAAGCCGCCGAAUUCUUGCGCCGGCUCGGGAAUUAAGAUCGUGUCGCAUUUCUACGAGAUUCCUCUGCUUCGGUCGCUGGUGGUUCAGCGUUACAUCUCUUGGCCUAAGUUGAUCAACGGUAUCAAGUUUGAUAUAAGGUUGUACGUAUUGUUGACGAGUAUAGACCCUUUGAGGAUCUACGUGUAUAACGAGGGUUUGGUUAGACUGGCUACUAUUAGGUACGUCAAUCACGUGAGCACACUGUCAGACAGAUUUAUGCAUCUGACUAAUACCAGUGUGAACAAAGUUAGCCCAAAUUUUCAACCCAAUGACGAUCCGAAUAAGUGUAAAGGUAACAUAUGGUCGCUGAACUGUUUAUGGAAGUAUUUAGCUGUGGAAGACGUGGACACUCUAGAAAUUUGGACGAAAAUUAAGGAAAUUGCUGUGAAAACGGUGAUCUCAGCUGAGCCAUUUUUGCUGAAAGCUUGGAAGAAGACUUCUAUGUCGACGUACAAUUUCCAUCAACUUUUUGGCUUCGACGUUCUAUUGGACAGACAUUAUCGACCCUGGCUGCUAGAAGUGAAUCAUUUUCCCUCCAUGAUGCCUGAUACGCCGUUGUGCAGGCUGGUUAAACGGCAAUUGGCCAAGGAUUAUCUGAACUUGGUUGGAUUUCACGUGCCUGAUUUGUUGAGCGGUAAGGAAUUGAAGAUCCUCAGGUUGAUUUACAAGGAGAACGCUGUUUGCUACAAUCGACACUUGUACACGAGCGUGUUGACGUGGGAGGACAGUAAGAAGCAGCGCGAUCUUCUGAAGAGGAGCAACAGGAAGCAUUACUUGAAAUCGAUCCUGAAGAACCUGACUCCCGACGACGUGAGAGUUUUGAUAAGGCACGAGGACGAGAUCACGCGGACAGGACGUUUCGAGAAAAUCUUCCCGACGUGUAACACGUACAAGUACUUCGAUUUGUUCGAGGAAGUCAGGUACUACAAUCUGUUGUUGGACGCAUGGGAAAACGAGCACGGGUAUAAUCGAUCCCGUGGCAUCGAGAGGCUGAGGAAACUUUGCAGGAAGAAGUACCAUUUGUCUUGA